ACGAAGGUCCCCCAAACGAACAUGAACGCCCAAACCGUUUUGGUAGCUACACAUCGCUGUUUUCUUUUCGCCUGUUUUUUUUUUUCUCCAUUAUUUCCCUCACUUCAAUGGGACGAACCCUCGACGUGUCGAACACUGUUUUAUUCGUUCAAAUAUUCAAGUCCUCUCUGCGCCCGUCGAAGCUUUGAGACCUACAUUAGCCUUGUUUAGCUUAGCCUAGCGGCUAACGAAAACGAUACGCCGAGUGAGGAAAAUGAACGCGAAUACAACACCGGCGGCAGAAAACUUACCUGAAGAACUUUGUGGCAUAAACGCUGUUCAUAACAGACUAGAAGAUGUCAGUCAAGCGCAUUGUCCUGAAAGCCAGGCGUCUGCUCGCAUGUUAGAAGAGGAGGAGGAAGAGUCGCCAGACAUCAAGCAGGUGGAGGAAGAAUUUAUCCACAUUAAAGAGGAGCAGGGGGAUUAUUUAAUUUCACUUGAGAACCCCCACAUUGAGGAGCAGCAACAACCUCAUCACCUCAAAAAGGAGGAGGACCCCCCUCCAUAUGUUAAAGAGGAGGUGGUGGACAUCCCCGAGUGGACCGGUGAGCCUAUUAAUGGUGAAGAUGGAAAUCCGAGUGAGGCCAGCAUAGGGGCGGAGCCUCCGAGUGGCAGCAAUUCAACAGAAGGAUCCCAAGAAGACAACCUCAUCACUCAACCAUUAGAUAACGAUGAUGCCACAUCACACUCACUGUUCUGUUUCAGAAAAUAUUUUGGUGCUGAGGGGCAGGAGCCAGAAUAUCUUGGCAUCAAAGAGAAUGUUGAGAUCCCCCAAAUCAAAGAGAAGGAGCCGGAGCCCUGUCAACAGAAGGAGGGAGAGGAGCAACUUCCUGUCAAAAAGGAGGAAGAGCUGCCAUACAUUAAAGAGGAAGAAGGUAUCAUCAAGUCGACUGGUGAGGCCAGAGGAGGGACAGAGCCUCUAAGUGGCAGCAGCAGCUCAACAGAAGGAUUGCAAGCAGACAGUUUCAUCGCUCCACUAUCACAUAGCGAAGACAACUCUGACAGUGAUGAUGAGAGUCAUAAGAAAGCUAGCAGUGACAAACUCAGCAAAUGCUCUCAUUGUGGCAAAACAUUUGCUAACAGGUAUUCUUGUCGUAGGCAUAUGAGGAGCCACACUGGUGAGAAACCUUUUUCCUGCUCAGUUUGUAGCCUAAGAUUUAGACGCAAGGGGCAGUUAAAAACACACACAAGUACCCAUAAAGGUGAAAAACCUUUUGUCUGCUCAGUUUGUAGUCAUAGAUUUAGUAAUGAGCGAACCUUAGAAACACACACAAGAACCCACACUGGUGAAAAUCUUUUUGUAUGCUUAGUUUGCGGUCAAAGAGUCGGUCACAAGAGUACCUUAGAAAUACACACAAGAACCCACACUGGAGAAAAACCUUUUCCCUGCUCAGUUUGUGGUCAAAAAUUCAGUCUCAAAAGCACCUUGAAAAUGCACACAAGGACCCACACUGGCGAAAAACCUUUUUCGUGCUCAGUUUGUGGCCAAAGAUUCAGUCGCAAGAGCACCUUAAAAAUGCACACAAGAAUCCACACUGGCGAAAAACCUUUUCCUUGCUCAGUUUGUGACCUAAGAUUCAGUCACAAGAGCAAUGUAAAAUCACACUCAAGAACCCACACAGGUGAAAAACCUUUCGUCUGCUCAGUGUGUGGUAAUAGGUUCAGUCUCAAGAGCAACUUAAAAUCACACACAAGAACCCACCACAGGGAACCUUUUUGAGCAUAGCCCAACAACAUAUGGUCACAGCGGGUUGAGAAGACUUACAUUUUUUUCUUUCAAUCCAAAAACUCAAUUGUCAAAAUUUCGUCCGUCAUCGUGAACCAUCAUGGUAACGGUAAAUAUUACGGUUUACCGCCCAGCUCUACUAUGACGUUAAAUUCAUACGGUUAAUACAAGAAAAAAAAUCUCCUCUCACGAGAGAACAAACAGUCGUACUGUUGGCUUCGAGGAAAAUGGUAUUAUUACUUUGUGGUAAUGGAGCUGAAUAAGCCGCUAUGCCCUUUAUGUACAUGUACCUUGGCUGGGAGCUACGAUGAUGCAUGAGUCUAAAUUCUUUUGUUGAUUAUAAUUUAAUGUAAAUUGGCUUAAAGAUUAAGGAUUUUCUUAUUUUGGAAACACAUUCUAAAACACAGCCUCAUGAGAUGUUUUCGUUAUUGUUGAUUUAACAAAGGUGGCGACACGCUCCAUGAAGUAUGUAUCUGCUUAUUCAGCUACAUUACUCCAACAGUAAUAUGACCUUUUUUCUAACAGUAACUGUUUAACAUUUUUUCUUCUACAUAGUAACAGUAACGUAGUCCUUUUGUUUCAUUUUUCUUUAUUUGGCCCUCAUACUCCGUCGUAUAAAUUGGACACUGAUAAUUAAAAUUGUUUGUGCUUAAACAUACAAGCCCCUGCCCAUGAAAAUCUCUCGACUCUUAUUCAAACUUUAAAGAGCUAGUAUAUGGAGUUGAAACCAUGCCAAAACUUGGUUUGCAAAUGAAAAGCGUUAUUCAAAGAAAGUUUUGAUUUGCUUACAGAUCCAUUUUGGUUUGCGUGAAGAUCGAAGUGCAUUCUCUUGCAGAUUGAACUCCUUUCUCUUGCAGAUGAGAGCGCUUUCUCUUUAGUACGGAAACUUGUUUAUAAACUGGGGACUACCUGUACACACAAUUAAGGCUCUGCAAUUAAUCAAUUCCUCUAAAGUGGUGUGUGUGUGUCUGCUGCUGACUUUACAAACUCAAAACCAUUUUGCUAGUCACGUUGGACUAUUUCAAACACUACUGUACCACUUAUUUCUUUACAGUUGCAGUGUACUAGCUUGCCAAUUUUGAUGUCACAAUGGCCAGCUGUUUUAGAUGAUAUGCCUUGUGUAAUGGCAAAAUGUUAAUGGUAGCUGCAAAGUAGAGAGUGUGACUGGCGUGAUUAAAGAAAUGGUUGCUGAGAAGAAUAUCAUCUGUUCAUGUGGCCUGUUCACAAAGAAGACGACCUCAAUAAAGGAUCAGAGUACAAAUUCAUAUGGAUGAAUUUGCCAAUUUGGUUAUCUGUGUGUGCUGCUGUUGCCGUGAGUCUGGAGUGUGACUGUUCUGUUUGUGUAUGGGUUCUCACUCAGUUUGGACUACUCGACAGAAUAAACUCCACGGACGCACUCCUUUGUCUCACACACGUCUUUUACUAUUGCUUGCCAAGUCAUAGGUAACAAGAGCAUGAACGCAAGCAUUAUUCAUAAGGUUCAUAGCGGCACCUUGAGGCAUUCUCGCAGUACAAGACAAAAACAACAUAUUUCCUCCCUUCUUAAUAUGGUUCCUCUGAACAAGAUUUUAAAGAUUAUUUUUUUCUUAUAAACACAGAAAACAAACAUAUCCUAACUUGAAGUUGGGAGUAGAUUGUCCCAAAACCCCUGAGCCUGUACAAGGGAUUAUUUUGCCCUUUUUCUUGAGACAAGGGUGUUAUGUCGCUCCUUUUUAUGUCUUAAUGUAAACACUUUUACAUUGACACCGAGCUACGCAGACACUGUUGGCUGGUUCACACUUCAUUUAUUAUCUCUCUUUGUUUCCUACUUCCCAUACUCAACAUGUAGAACAUAGACAACUGAUACCAUCUUGUGGUAAAAUCGUGAAUAACAGGUACAUACAUAACUUUUCCUUCCCACCAAGAUACAUUGUCAAUAACAUUAACAUUUUUUUAUUUUUAUUUUUUUAACAGUUGUACUCAUACAAAUUGCAAUCAACUUAGUACCAACUUUUUAACUAAACGUUUACUCAUCACAAUAACAAGCAGGUGGUUUUGUAAUCCUCACAGGAUAGCGUCUUUCUGUCUCUACUACUUUGGUUGGUUCCUUCGGUGGUGUUUUAGGUGGAUCUGUGAUCUUGGGAACUUCAUCAGCAUCAUCUUGAUGGUGAGAUGAGUUAGUGGUAGCUGUGAUUGAACUAUCACUCACUGAAGAACUUACAGGAAUGUUCACUGUAGUCUGUGAUGGUACUGAUGUGGAACGAGUCAGCAUCUGGUCCACAUGGCGUUUCCAGGUUCCAUGAGGUUCCACAUUUACUUUGUACGACAAUGGUCCCGUUUUUUCCAUCACCACACUUUGUGUCAGCUUCUCUUCCCCCUUCCUAUAAACGCACAAGGACUGGCUCUCCAACAUCAAACUGCCUGUCCUUUGAGUGUUGUAGACGUCGCUGCUGUUGGUCAUCCUGUGAUAGGUGCACUGCUUGAUCAACAUCAGGUUUCAGACAGUCCAAACGAGAACGCAAUUUCCGUCCAACGAACAACAGCAGGUGCUUCUUUCGUUGUUGCAUGGGGGGUGUUUCUAUAUGUCAGCAGAAAUGCAUCAAGCCGCUGUUGUACAGGCUUGGUUCCUCUGGAAGACUUUAAAGCCUGCUUGAACGUCUGCACGAAACGCUCCACCAAACCAUUACUGGCAUGAUGGUAUGGUGCUGAACGGAUAUGUUUGACACCAUUUGACUUAAAAAAUGUGCUAAAUUAAAGGAUCACUCCUGAUCCUUUAAUAUCAAUAUUUGGAGUUUUACCGGAGGGUCUGUGGCUGCCUACUUGGGGGUGUAGGGUUAUUGCUUUUACCACCCUUUUGGCGCGACGUUUGGUUCUUUUGAGGUGGAAGGAGGCUGCCCUACCCACAACAUCGCAUUGGAUAAGGGAUGUGCUGAUGAACCUUAGGCUCGAGAAAAUCAGAUAUAUUCUUCGCGGUUCUGAAAAGAAAUUUUAUAGUACAUGGGGACUAAGCCUGAACGAUAUAUCGUUUAAACAUCGCCAUCGCGAUGUGCGUGUGCGCAAUAGUCCCAUCGCAAGCACGUGCGAUAGUUUUUUUUUUUUAUCCACAUACGCCUCACUUUCUGGUCUGCGCACAGGCUCCUACCCUCCCUCUCCCAGCCUUUUGAUCCUCUCAGUCACUGCGGCACAACAAUGGCUUUGAUCUGGCCAAAGAAGCAGACUUCACACGGGCAUCUGUCAAUCAUCGUUUAACUUGUUAAACAGUUGAAAGGAAGCCGCGCUGGAAUGAAUGUGUGUACUGUGGGGACGUUGGAGACAUUUAAAUGCCAGAAGUGAUCAUGAGUUUGAAAUGUCUACAUGUCACUUCAACGGUCACAGCUAAAGUAGAUAAACAGAAGCAUUUAAUAAAGCCAAGCAUUUAUCUGCUACAGUACUUUAUUCUUGUUCAAAAAUGAUUUGGUUGGACAGUUAUGUUUAAAACUUAUCAUAAUUAUGAAAUUUGAAGUGCUUAAAAACCAUAUAUUUAUA